AUGUGUUGUAAGUUUAUUCCCUCGUUUUACAUGCUUCUAUCGAUAGCAAAUGCGAUGCAUUUGGGGCGUAAUGGGCAACAGCAACCGUACUACUUCCAAAACAUAAAACAGCAAGGUAUGCAACCGCAAAGCAUAAGACCACAACUUUCACGACCGCAGCCCAAGCAACUGCAAUUCCUUCAACACCCAGAACCGCAACAACUGGAACAACCAGAACAACCGCAAAAUUGCAUACCGACAACACCGUCAUACACGCGGGAAACAACAGUAUGGACGAUACCGCCAACACAGACACCACCGACAUUAGCACCGACCUGGACUUACGCAACUGCAAGACCAACGCCAAAAAGUUGCAUGUGUGCAUGCUAUAUGCCUCCGCCAUGUCAGAUAUGUCAACCAUGUCAGUGA